CACUAAUUAACAGGAGUCACGUGACCCCAUCCCUAGCGUCAAAGAAAGCACCUGGUAUUUCUAGACCAAAACCGUAUAAACAUCUCAAUCAAAAGAUGGAUUAUAAAUGUGCAAAACUUUGUGUGAUUUCUGUCAUUUUUGUCGUCAUGGCUCAACACAGCUGGAGCUUCUCGACCGUCCAGGUGAGGAAAACACCUGAGCAGCUCGUCCUGCCGAGAGUCACCUGCUCUGCUGGAAGACUGAAAGCUGUUUUUGGUCCGCUGGUCAAAAGCAAUAUUCACGUUAAAGACACAUCAGGGGCCAUCAUCCCUGUGCCUCAGUCUGAGGAGUCCUGUGGAGUGAGGCUGGGCAGAGAGAAAAAACAGAGCCUCUCCCUCUUCAGCAGAUAUGACAGCUGCUAUGCACAGAUUGAGGGCAGCAAAGUGAUCAUCCCUCUGCAGGUACAGCUGACAGGAGAGGAUCGAUGGUUCAGGGUAAACAUCAGCUGUCCUCUGAUAAAGAGGCACAGCGAGAGGACCAGUGUUAUCCCCACACCAUUACCUGGAAACUGUGACACAGAAAAAGCUCUACGAGUGGACUGUGGCCACCAAAGCAUUUCUAGAGAUGCCUGCUACAAACUGGGAUGCUGCUAUGAUGCUCAUGAUUUAACCUGCUACUACAGACUCAAUGUGUGCUCUCUGGAUGGACACUUUGUGUUCUCAGUAAAGACCACAGACACUGACACACCCAUUGAACCCAGCAGCCUCAUUGUCAAGGACCAACCACAGUGUUUUCCUGUGGUCACAACCGCAGACACGGCUGUCUUCAAGAUUGGAGUCACGGACUGUGGUGCAAAAGUGAAGGUAGAUGGAGAUAUGAAGAUCUAUGAGGUGGAAGUGGAGGAGCUGUACACCAAAAGUAUAACCAAACAUUCUCCAUUUAGUCUCCAGGUCCAGUGUGAAUAUGCAGCAUCAGAUAUGAAGCGUGCAGCAGACUUUCGGUCCUUGUACGCAGUGACCAACCCACCACCUGUGGUUGGACUGGGAACCAUCAGAGUGCAGAUGAGAAUAGCCAGAGAUGCAUCCUUCACAUCCUUCUUUCCUGAGGACGAGCUUCCGGUGAAAUUGCCCCUACGCAAAGCUGCAUAUGUUGAGAUUUCCAUCGCUCGGCCGUCCCUAGACCCCACACUUUCCCUGCGUGUACGGGAUUGCUUUGCCUACCCUGCGUCUAGACACUCUGUGUGGACGCUUCUCUAUGACGGAUGUCCUAACCCUGUGGAUAACAUGAGGAGCUCUGUCCCUGUGAGCAACAAGAUGAAGACAUCCUCCCACUCCCAAGUCAGGAGGUUUGAUGUCAAGACCUUUGCCUUCCUGGACCCUCAAACAGGCCAACCAAGUGUGGAGGAGAUGUACUUCUACUGUUGGGUGGAAAUUUGCACAGAUGACAUUGACUGCACACAGCGUUGUGCCAUCAUUUCAUCUGAGGGUGAGAGACAGAGAAGACAGACGAUGUCGGAGUCCAACCAGGGCCAGCUGGUCUCUUUAGGACCACUGCUUCUGGGACAGAACAGCACUGAACAGGAGGACAAUCCAUGUGUGAAAGAGAAGAUGAUGUUUCAGGUGACGGUGUAUAUUCUGUCUGGCGUUGGUGCUGCCCUGCUGCUCAUCCUGAUGAUCAUGGUGUGGUCACGCAUCAGAAAGCGGCAGAAGCCAGAAGCACAGCAAGUUAAAGUUGACAAUGAACAAUCUCAAUAAAACAUUAAUUUCAUAGAAUUCAAA